AUUUAGCCGUGCACUGAGCCUCCAUCCUGCAGAGGUCUCUCACACAAUGAGGUCCGAUGUUCUGACAGGGAGGGGCUGCUCUUGACAAAAAAAAAAAAUUGCAUCCUUUUUAUAGGAAGUUAGUAACCAGUAAUGAGUGAUCGCAGCCUCAGGCAGAUUUGUUACACACACUGCUGGUAGCACAGUGCAAUGCAGGUUGCAGCUAUGAAAGGGACACGAGAGGCGGGACAGGCUGCAGCCAGGGAAUUCCUGAAGUUUUUAAAUCGCGGUGUCUCUCCAUACCAUGUCGUUGAAGAGUGUAAAAGCCUACUUUUAAAAGCAGGAUUUGCGGAGCUCAAGGAAGCUGAUCACUGGGAUAUAAAGCCCAACCAUAAGUACUUUGUGACUCGAAAUUACUCCACGUUGGUGGCAUUCGCAGUUGGAGGACAUUACCAGCAAGGCAAUGGUUUCACCAUGAUUGGAGCCCAUACAGAUAGUCCAUGUCUAAGAGUAAAGCGCAGGUCUCAGCGAGGCCAGGCUGGAUACCUUCAAGUCGGAGUCGAAUGUUAUGGAGGAGGAAUUUGGAACACAUGGUUUGAUCGGGAUUUAACUAUUGCCGGGAGAGUUAUAGUUAAGGAUGGGCACCGUCUGCAGCAUCGUCUGGUUUAUGUGGAUCGUCCUAUUCUCCGAAUUCCACACUUAGCCAUUCAUCUUCAGCGCACUAUUAAUGAGAGCUUCGGACCCAACACUGAGCAGCACUUGAUUCCUAUCCUGGCGUCUUCAGUGCAAGAGAGUUUGGAGAAGGACCCAAUGGAUUCAAGCACCUCUUGUUACACUGCAGUAGGAAGCUCAGGCCAGCCUUGUCCCCAGAAGACUGAGAGACACCACCCACUGCUUCUCACCUUGCUCACGGAAAAGCUAGGAGUCAAACCUGAACAGAUCUUGGAAAUGGAACUGUGUCUGACAGACACACAACCAGCAACCCUAGGAGGUGCCUAUGAAGAAUUUAUCUUUGGACCACGUCUGGACAAUCUGCACAGCUGCUACUGUGCUCUAAAGGCUCUCCUUUGUUCCUGUGACUCACCAACCUCGCUGGCCAAUGAUCCCAAUAUCCGAAUGAUCACACUGUAUGACAACGAAGAGGUAGGAUCAGAGAGUUCACAUGGGGCUCAGUCACUCCUGACCGAGCUGAUUCUGCGUCGUAUUUCCUGCACGCCACAGAACCUCACCGCCUUUGAGGAGUCUAUCCCCAAGUCUUUUCUGAUUAGUGCUGAUAUGGCACAUGCUGUGCACCCUAAUUACAUGGAUAAACAUGAAGAGAACCAUAGACCGCUGUUCCAUAAGGGUCCAGUCAUCAAAGUCAACAGCAACCAGCGCUAUGCUUCAACUGCAGUGACUGAAGCUAUUCUGAGGGAGAUUGCAGGGCGUGUGGGAGUUCCUUUACAGGAAUUUAUGGUGAGGAAUGAUGUACCAUGUGGUACAACCAUUGGACCAAUUCUGGCUGGUAACUUAGGUCUGCGUGUGUUGGAUUUGGGCUCACCACAGCUGGCAAUGCAUUCUAUACGGGAAAUGUGCUGUACCUCUGGUGUCCUGCAAACAACCAAUCUCUUUCAGGCUUUCUUUGAACAGUACCCUGCUGUGAAUAGCAGCUUAUUAGUGGAUUAAAGCUUUCACUUACCAUAUUCUGAUGACAGCACUCACCACGCCUGCCCUGAAUCCUGCUUUACCAUAUGCUGUGGAGUGGAAUAUGUGCAUAAAUUCAACAUAUCAACAAAAUAAAAUACAUUUUCCGUAAUUACGUUUUGUUUUUUUUUGCUUGACAGGAAUUAUCUACUUAGAAUCAUUGCCUUUUUUUUUUCUUAAUUAAGCACAAUUUUAAACUAUAUAUAUAUAUAUAGAUAAAUAGAUAGAUGGAUAGAUAUAGAUUAGUAGUGACAUUCUGCCUGCUAUCUAUCUUGUUUAUCUACACAUUCAGAGUGAUUCAGAGCCUUACUGAACAAUAAAUUGUAUGAGUCACCAGCGACCUAAGAGUUAAAGAUCAAAAGCAUCUGUUUUCAGCAGCCUGCAGGCGUCUGAUUAUCUACUAUACCAAUUCAGCUUGUUAAUAUGGAUGAAACGUCAUCUGAUACGUACAAACCACACACACAGGAGGCUUUCUUAUAACUGUUCCAAUGCUGAGUCUGUCAAGCCUCCAAUUUGGAAAGGGUCUCUCUGGAAGCCAAUCUUGUCUUCUACCAUCCAUCAAUAGAAUGAUAUUUCUGUGUCCCCCAGAGCAACAAAGUGAUAUAUUUGUUACCAAAAAUAAAUGUAAAUCCGAUUAUGGAAUUUUGUGGGGGGGUUUAGAAAAAAAUAAAAUACAGGAAAUUGAACAGCUUUAGAAAGAUAUUUCUAGUACAAUUCUUUCUAUUAAAAUUUAACGUGGGUUUAAAAUGCUGACGAGUUAAGUAAUAACAAAUCUGCUUCAUUCACUAAAUUGUAGUUUGAAACUACAGUUUCCUAGAUUGACUAUGUAUUAACAAUAAGAAUAAAAUCUAUUUCACUCCUAUGCUAUCCAAGGGAACUGUUACAUUUUGGAAAGUGUCUUUGCAUCUCUGAAUCUGGUCUAUAGAAUAACAAUCUGUUUAGUUUUUAUUUCUUGUAUGUGCCAAUAUAUUAAUUUCCUUUUUAGCACAUAUCUUGCAGUGAGAGUUUGGCUUAGUACAUAGCAUAGCAGAUGUCUAGUUUCAAGUCAGCCAUUUUAUCUGACCAACCUGAAAAUGUUAGGCUUUAAAGCAGACAUAAAAGGUUGCUAGUAUACUCCUACUAGAGAGCAGCAGCUAUUCUAUUACAGCAUCAACAAAACAAGGCUGCUUCCGUCUGUUAUUUUUUUUUUAUUAAUUAAUUAAACUGAUAUAGCUACCAACGUCAGCAGUGCCAAUCACAGCAGUAACAAAGGGGCAUAUUGCUAAGUGCUGUGUCGGCUGUGCAUAGAGCAUACCUACAAUCAUCUGUGCAUGUGGCACCAGUGUAGCAUUAAAAGGCUUACAGUAGUAUGCUGGUGAUGUACAGAUCCAGCAUACAGUUGACUUCUGUGUCCUAUUUAAAGAGUAGCUGUCUUUAGUAUAAUAAAUGGGUAAUUUGCAGAGGGUGUAAAAUAUUCUAAGCAUUUUUUAGGAUUAUGUUUGAUACAUUCACAGUGUAGGAUGGGGAACUAUGUGUUGUAUACAACUGCAUAAUAAGUCACAACAGAUACAGAAUAAUGCACAAACUCCCAAAUUAGUAUUCUAUUUCCACUCUCACCCUGGUGGACAGUAGCCCUAAUAAAAAAGGGUGCAUUAUUCUUCAUGGAAUUGUUUUCUUAUGAAUAUGUUCUGUAGGCUCCUAUCAAUGUUAUCAGACAAAAUGAGAUCUGUGUUGUUAUUGGUGUUAUUAUGCUAUCCAUUUUGUUCUGAAUAGUUUGUGGAGGGAGGGACGCAUCUUAUUUUGUUUAUUGUUGUACCUGUGAGCACAUGCAUGCACCAAUGCCAGACAAAGAAACAAAGUGGUAAAAUGGUUAAUUGAUGUGUGUAUUAGAAAUCUGUAAGUGUUCCUAAGUGUGCAAAACUCAGGGUGUGUUUUCAACUUCAGUGGUCUCCAGUCUUUCACUGACAAAAACAAUGUACAUUUCACACGUCACAUAUCUCACAUGUAUGUACGUGAUGCACAAUAAAACAAUGACACAAUAAAGUUGCCUUUUCUUAUAACUAGCACUUUGUACAUGAAUAAAUGUAAUAAUGAGUUGUAUAAAUGUGUAUGUUGGCCUCUGCUGUGGGUUGUUUUGACCAAAUAAAAAAUCACAUCUGUGUGCCAUGUAUCACUUGUGGAAAA